ACGUGUUUUUCUUCGCCGGCCGGUGGCGUCGUCUUCGUCUCAGUGGGUUGUUUACUGUAUUAAAGACUUAAUAUAAGAUGCCAGUUCACCCGCGGGACAGAAAAGAGAAUAACCACGAAGAAAUGGACGUGGACUAUCCCGAUCAAGAAGCCAGCAGCUCGGACGAAGAGGACUCUGUGAGCUCGUCCGCGUCUGAGGAUGGAGACACUUCAGACAUGGAUGAUGAAGACUGUGAAAGGAGACGAAUGGAGUGUUUAGAUGAGAUGACAAAUCUUGAGAAGCAGUUCACAGACCUGAAGGAUCAGUUGUAUAAGGAGAGGCUGAGCCAGGUGGAUCUUAAAUUGCAAGAAGUGAUAGCUGGCAGUGCUCCAGAGUACCUCGAACCCCUGGCCACCCUGCAGGAGAACAUGCAGAUCCGAACCAAAGUCGCAGGUAUCUAUCGUGAGCUCUGUUUGGAAUCUGUCAGAAACAAAUAUGACUGUGAGAUGCAAGCAGCCAGCCAGCAUUGGGAGAGUGAGAAGCUCCUGCUUUUUGACACGGUUCAGAGUGAACUAGAAGAGAAGAUCAGACGACUAGAGGAGGACAGACACAGUAUAGAUAUAACUUCAGAACUGUGGAAUGAUGGUCUGCAGUCUAGGAAGAAUAAAAAGAAGGAUCCCCUCAGUCCUGGAAAGAAGAAGAAACCUGUCGUUGUGUCAGGACCAUACAUUGUUUACAUGUUGCAAGACCUAGAUAUACUUGAAGACUGGACUGCUAUAAGAAAGGCUAUGGCUUCAAUGGGUCCUCAUAGAGUAAAAGUAGAUGCUCCGUUGAAACCAGAAAGACACCAUCAUGUUGCCCGAUCAGAAGAUGGACGCCUGUUUUAUGAUAACAAAUGGUUCAGCAGGGGUCAGGCCAUAUGCAUCAACAGGAAGGACGAAUUGCCCACCAGUGCCACGAUAACCACUAUCAACCAUGAUGAGGUUUGGUACAAACGUCUGGAUGGCAGCAAAUCAAAGCUUUACAUCUCUCAGCUCCAGAAAGGCAAAUACACUAUAAAACACUCAUAAAGAUCCUUCUCAUCUUCCUCCAGUCUCCAUUUCCAGUGUCAAAACCAAACCUUCACUGGUUCCACGCCGCUCUCCGUUAGUCACCGCGUCGACUCGUUAUUGUUGGAUGGACUCGGGUCUUACAUGCAUGUACCACAUGUUUGCACUUCCUAAGUUCGAGCUGCUAAACAAACACCUGGUUGCCAAGGAAACAGUGAAAGUGUGUGCCUUGAUGACAAGGAUGAGCCAGUGAAGCCUUGUUCAAAGCAGAAGAGCAGUGAAACCCAACUUAUUGGUAUUGCUGAUACUGAACACAAGACAGUUUACAUGCCUUUUAUGAAAUACAGAGUUUGAUUUAUGGAGCAUGUCUCAGUGUCCUGAAAUGAGUUCGUGCCAUGUAUCCUGUUCUGUGUCUGUGAGAUGCAUAAUGUUUUAAACAACAGAACGGUCCACGAAGUGUUAUUUUUCUACCUGUUAUAAAAACAAUAGACGAUUUCACUCUGAAAGACUAUAAAAUGUGUACAGCAGUAUUUAGGAGAAUGCCUUAGUUUAGUGUUGACGUAACAGGGCUUGUGCAAGUCAUGUACUUGUUUUGUAACCGUUAUUAUUUUCUGUUAAACCAACCAAAUGUAGCAUAUUCUGAGCCUUGUGUCUGGCUAUAUAAAAAACUAUUUCUGCUAAAUAUCAUAUUUUUUAAUUGCUCAAAUGUCAGCUAGAGAUUUUCAAAUGUAGCAGUUGUACUGAACAAUGUUGUAUUUUCAGUAUGUUCGCAUCCAUUUUAUAGUGUUUUAGUACUUGAGUGAUUUGUCAUCUUGUGUGGCGUUGCAUGAUUUGACUCUUCCUUUAUUUAAUUCUUAUUACUUAUUGAUUUAAAAAUGCUUUAAAGGAGAAGUCCACUUCCAAAACAAAGAUUCAGGUAUAAUGUACUCACCCCCCUUGUCAUCCAAGAUGUUCAUGUCUUUUUUUUUUUUUUCUGUCGUAAAGAAAUUAUGUUUUUUGAGGAAGACAUUUCAGGAUUUUUCUCCAUAUAAUGGACUGAUAUGG